UUAGAUCUCCUUCUUCAAUGGCAAGGGAUGCAGUUGGUGGAUUCAGCUUCCGCCGUCUUUGCUCCAUUGUCUCGGUGCUGUGCGCAUGGUCCUUCAUCUCAUUCAUUUUUUGGUGCCAUCGUUAUGGUCCCUGCUAUUCUUUAUACCAAAGAAUGGAGCAGAGCGAUAUCACUGAACUUCUUUCAUUCCCUUCUGCCUGGAAUAAGCUCAGUUUUUCCACAAAUCCACCCCCAAAACUCCUCAAAAUUGCUCUAUUCGUGAAGAAAUGGCCUCAAAGCUCUCAAGCAGGAGGGCUCGAACGUCAUGCUUUGACACUCCACCUUGCACUCGCCAAAAGAGGUCAUGAACUUCACAUCUUCACCACUUCUCCUUCAAAUUCCUCCUUCCCCAGGUACGAAUUGAAUAAUUUAUGCUUUCAUCUCUCAAAGCCAACAGCUUCUGGGUAUCUGGAUCAAGCUCUAGUUUGGAAGCUAUUUCAAACUCAGAACUCAACAGGAAGACCUUUUGAUGUGAUCCACACUGAGAGUGUUGGUCUCAUGCAUACUCGAUCACGUGAUCUUACAAAUUUGGCUGUUACUUGGCAUGGAAUUGCAUAUGAAACUAUCCAUUCUGACAUCAUACAAGAACUUCUGCGGAGCCCUGAAGAAUCACAGGGAUAUGCUUUGGCUGAAAGAGUUACCAAAGUUGUCGAAGAGGUGAGGUUCUUCCCCAGUUAUGCUCACCAUGUUGCUACCAGUGACCACGUGGGAGAUGUACUUAAGAGGAUAUACAUGAUCUCAGAUGAACGCGUGCAUAUCAUACUUAAUGGUGUUGAUGAGGAGAUUUUCAAGCCGGACAUUUUCAAAGGGAAGGGUUUCAAGAAAAAGUUUGGGGUGCCUGAAUCUAAGAAGUUGGUUUUAGGAAUGGCUGGGAGGUUGGUGAAGGAUAAAGGACACCCGUUAAUGUUCGAGGCUUUGAAGCAAAUGCUAAGUGAAAAUGAUGCAUUCAGGCAUAGUGUUGUGAUUCUAGUUGCUGGCAAUGGUCCUUGGGGAGCUAGGUACAGAGAUCUUGGAUCUAAUGUACUUGUUUUAGGGCCACUGGAACAAGCUCAGCUUGCUGACUUCUACAAUGCAAUAGAUAUUUUCGCGAACCCAACUCUUCGCGCUCAGGGAUUGGAUCAUACUUUGUUGGAAGCAAUGCUCUCUGGUAAGCCAGUAAUGGCGACGAGACUUGCAAGCAUUACAGGCUCUGUGGUUGUUGGAACAGAGGUUGGUUAUGCAUUUUCACCAACAAUAGCUUCAUUAAAGAAGACCCUCUAUAGAGUUUGGGAUGAUGGAAGAGGAAAUCUAAGACAGAAAGGUCAGGCAGCAAGGCAGAGAGGCUUGGAACUGUUCACUGCUACCAAGAUGGCAGCUGCUUAUGAAAGGUUGUUCCUCUGUUUAUCUAAUGAUGAGAGAAAAGGAGAAAACUACUGUCAAUAUCAAACUCCACCACACUAA